AUGGCACCAUGUGGAUCAUUCGGACUCGAGGAGGCCUCCAUAGACGAUAUGCAGGCGGCCAUGGGCAACGGUAGUCUCAGCUCAGUCCAGCUUACUCUUUGCUAUCUCCAGCGGACCUAUCAGACGCAGGACUAUCUCAGAAGCGUCAUUCAAUUCAAUCCAGACGUUCUCGCCAUUGCAUCUGCCAUGGACGCGGAGAGAGCUAACGGUACCGUGAGAGGCCCCCUGCAUGGCAUCCCCUUUACCGUCAAAGAUAACAUCGCCUCCAAGGACAAUAUGGAGACCACGGCGGGGAGCCUGGCGCUCCUGGGCAGUAUCGUGCCGCGAGAUGCUCACGUCGUGGCGAAGCUUCGCGCAGCUGGCGCUGUUCUGCUCGGCAAAGCUGGAUGUUCGGAGUGGGCUGAUAUGCGUUCGAACAAUUAUUCGGAAGGGUAUUCACCAAGAGGUGGACAAGUGCGGUCGCCGUACAACCUGACCACGAACCCCGGCGGAAGCAGUUCGGGAAGUGCGGCAGGCGUUGCCGCCAACGCAAUUGCUUUCUCGCUUGGGACUGAGACAGAUGGCAGUGUGAUCAAUCCCGCCGAGCGGAACGCUGUUGUUGGCAUCAAACCGACGGUGGGGCUGACGUCGAGGGCCGGUGUAGUGCCGGAGAGCGAGCACCAGGAUUCCGUCGGUACCUUUGGUAAGACAGUGCGAGACGCGGUAUAUGCUCUGGACGCGAUCUACGGACCAGACGACCGGGAUAACUAUACAUCGGCACAGCAGUCACCUGAUGGAGGGUACGUGCAGUUGCUGUCUGGGACGGAAGCCCUCAGUGGAGCAACUUUUGGGCUUCCCUGGGAGUCGUUUUGGAUUUACGCCGACGAAGAGCAGCAAGAGACUUUGCUGUCGUUAAUGCAGCUUGUGCAAUUGGCUGGGGCUACAGUCAUCAAUGGCACCGAGAUCCUCGACUUUGAGACCCUUGUCAGUCCGGACGGGUGGGACUGGGACUAUGGCUCCACGCGAGGAUAUCCCAAUGAGAGUGAGUAUACCGUUGUGGCGACUGACUUCUACAACAACAUCAAAACGUACCUCUCGGAGCUCGAGAACACAAACAUUCGGACUCUCGAAGACAUUGUCGAUUUCCAGUAUGCAAACGAUGGCAGCGAAGGCGGACAUCCCUGGCCAAGUGGCAUUCCGGCGUUUUACUCAGGGCAAGAUGGCUUCCUGGCGUCUCUGGACACCAUGGGCGAGCACGAUGAGGAGUAUUUCCAGGCUCUGUCCUUUACUCAGAGCAAGACCAGGGCGGGAAUUGAUUCAGCCCUCGGUCUGUUGGACUCUGCAAGUCCAAAGCUGAACGGUCUGCUUGUGCCCCCUGACGUGGGACAAACAUAUCAGAUCGCAGCCCAAGCCGGUUAUCCAAUGAUAACGCUCCCGGCUGGAACGCACUCGGAGACAGGCAUGCCGUUUGGAAUCGCCAUCAUGCAGACAGCGUGGAAGGAGGAUGAGCUGAUCAAAUAUGGUAGUGCUAUUGAGCACUUGCAAUUGACGACAGCGGGCAAUGAGAUGAAGAGGACUCUACCGAACUGGUACGGCUACCUGGAGCCCGUGAUACCCGUCAGGAAUGUAUGA